ACAGCUGCUUAUACUCUUAAUGAAUAUUUUUGGACUGAGUUUUAUGAACCCAUCCUGAAGAGGCUGAUGAUUUUACUAUCUCAUUUUUUUCCUUUCCCUAGAAUGGAUUCUAGGUGGCUCCCCUGGGUGGUGGCUCUGUUAGUGAAUCUGACCAGACUGGAUUCCUCCGUGACUCAAGGCACAGACUCUCCAGAAGAUUUUGUGAUUCAGGCAAAGGCUGACUGUUACUUCACCAACGGGACAGAAAAGGUGCAGUUUGUGGUCAGAUUCAUCUUUAACUUGGAGGAGUACGCACAUUUCGACAGCGAUGUGGGGCUGUUUGUGGCAUUGACGGAGCUAGGGCAGCCGGAUGCUGAGCAGUGGAACAGCCGGCUGGAUCUCUUGGAGAGGAGCAGGGGGGCAGUGAAUACGGUCUGUAGACACAACUACAGGCUGGGCGCUCCCUUCACUGUGGGGAGAAAAGUGCAACCAGAGGUGACGGUGUACCCAGAGAGGACCCCACUCCUGCACCAGCAUAAUCUGCUGCUCUGCUCUGUGACGGGCUUCUAUCCAGGGGACAUCAAGAUUAGCUGGUUCCUGAAUGGGCAGGAGGAGAGAUCUGGGGUCCUGUCCACUGGCCUUAUCGGGAAUGGAGACUGGACCUUUCAGACUGUGGUGAUGCUGGAAAUGACUCCUGAACUUGGAGAUGUCUACACCUGCCUUGUCAAUCAUUCCAGCCUGCUGAGCCCUGUUACUGUGGAGUGGAGAGCUCAGUCUGAAUAUUCUUGGAGAAAGAUGCUGAGUGGCAUUGCAGCCUUCGUAUUUGGGCUAAUCUUCCUUCUGAUGGGGAUUGUUAUCCAGCUCAGGGCUCAGAAAGGUAAUGAGCCUGUGAGGAGUGCCCUGCCGCCUGCCCAAGGGCUUCCCCGCUCCUGUCUUCCCUGACAUCAAAGAUCUGAGG